CUGAAUACUUCCGCUUUGAAGGAUCGCUCCGAGUUGAGUUGAACCUUAAACCAGUCCACAACAAACGGAAGAGAGAAGGGGAGCACGAAGGAGGGGGGCACAAUCUCCACCUAAACGGUAAGAACACCGUUUCUAGGGAUUCUGGUUGAUUUAAGGGUGCUGGGCACUCACAUCCAGCAGCAACAUGGGAGAACUCUUCAGAAGUGAAGAGAUGACGCUGGCUCAGCUCUUCCUCCAGUCAGAAGCUGCCUACUGUUGUGUCAGUGAACUGGGGGAGAUCGGGAUGGUGCAGUUUCGUGAUUUAAAUCCUGAUGUGAAUGUGUUCCAGCGAAAGUUUGUCAAUGAAGUACGGCGAUGUGAGGAGAUGGAUCGGAAGCUGAGGUUUGUGGAAAAAGAAAUUAAGAAGGCUAACAUCCCAAUAGUCGACACAGGAGAGAACCCUGAAGUCCCCUUUCCGAGGGACAUGAUCGACCUAGAGGCCACAUUUGAGAAGCUUGAAAAUGAGCUGAAGGAAAUAAACACCAACCAAGAAGCGCUGAAGAAGAACUUCCUGGAGCUGACUGAGCUCAAGCACAUUUUGCGUCGCACGCAGCAGUUUUUUGAUGAGAUGGAGGAUCCCAGUUUACUUGAAGAGUCAUCCACUCUCCUGGACCCCAAUGAGCCCACCAGAGUUGCUCCACUAAGACUGGGGUUUGUAGCGGGAGUCAUUGGCCGGGAACGUAUUCCCACAUUUGAGAGGAUGCUGUGGAGAGUUUGCAGAGGAAAUGUGUUUCUGAGGCAGGCGGAUAUCGAAGAUCCUCUGGAGGAUCCAGCAACAGGCGACCAGGUCCACAAGUCUGUCUUUAUCAUAUUUUUCCAAGGAGACCAGCUGAAGAAUAGAGUCAAGAAAAUCUGUGAGGGAUUCAGAGCAACAUUGUACCCAUGUCCAGAAACCCCCCAGGAGAGGAAAGAGAUGCUUGCAGGAGUGAACGCUCGCAUUGAUGACCUGCAAAUGGUGCUUAACCAGACUGAGGAUCACAGGCAGAGGGUCCUGCAGGCCGCAGCCAAGACAGUCAGAGUUUGGUUCAUCAAGGUGAGGAAGAUGAAGGCCAUCUACCACACCCUCAACCUCUGCAACAUCGAUGUCACUCAGAAGUGUCUGAUCGCUGAGGUGUGGUGUCCCGUCUCCGACCUGGACUCCAUCCAGUUUGCUCUGCGCAGGGGGACGGAGAAGAGCGGCUCCACCGUGCCUUCCAUUCUCAACAGAAUGCAGACCAAACAGACCCCACCCACCUAUAACAAGACAAACAAGUUCACCUCGGGCUUCCAAAACAUUGUGGACGCUUAUGGAAUCGGCAGCUACCGUGAGAUUAACCCAGCGCCAUACACCAUCAUCACCUUCCCCUUCCUAUUUGCGGUCAUGUUUGGUGACCUGGGCCAUGGGACGCUCAUGACCUGUGCUGCUCUGUACCUUGUGUUGAGGGAGAGCAGGCUGAUGGCCCAGAAGAACGAUAAUGAGAUAUUCAACAUGGUCUUUGCGGGGCGCUACAUCAUCCUUCUGAUGGGAGUCUUCUCAAUGUACACCGGCAUCAUUUACAAUGAUUGUUUUUCCAAAUCUCUAAAUGCAUUUGGCUCUGGAUGGAGUGUCAAACCCAUGUUCAUUCCUCAAAAAGGAGGCAACUGGACGUUUGACACACUCACUGGCAAUGCAGUUUUGCAGCUGGACCCAGUAGUAGAGGGAGUCUUCAACGGGCCGUACCCCAUUGGCAUCGACCCAAUUUGGAACAUUGCUGUCAACAAGCUGACAUUCUUAAACUCCUUCAAGAUGAAAAUGUCUGUUAUCCUGGGAGUCAUCCACAUGCUGUUUGGAGUCUCUCUGAGUCUCUUUAACCAUCUGUAUUUCCAGAAGCCGUUGAAUAUCUACUUGGGAUUCAUUCCGGAAAUCGUUUUCAUGGCCAGUCUGUUUGGCUACCUAGUCAUUCUAAUCUUCUAUAAGUGGGUCUCAUACGAUGCUCGGAGCUCCAGGGAUGCUCCCAGUCUCCUCAUUGCCUUUAUUAACAUGUUCCUCUUCAACUACGAUGACCCCAGUAACAAACCGCUCUACAGAGGACAGAUGGGUCUGCAAUCAUUCUUGGUGAUCAUCGCCUUGGCAUGUGUUCCCUGUAUGUUAAUAGUAAAAACUCUGGUUCUGCGGAGACAGUAUUUGUGGCGAAAGCAUCUGGGGACACAGAACUUUGGUGGAAUCAGGGUGGGCAAUGGACCCACUGAGGACGAGGCUGAAAUCAUCCAGCAUGAUCAACUUGCGCAGCAAUCCGAUGAAGAACCUGAGCGUUGCCUUUUGUCACCUGCUUUCAAGGCCCCUGAGGAGGAAGAGUUUAACUUUGCGGAUAUGGCAGUGCAUCAGGCGAUUCACACCAUCGAGUACUGCCUGGGCUGUAUCUCCAACACUGCUUCCUAUCUGAGGCUUUGGGCCCUCAGUCUGGCUCAUGCACAGCUGUCAGAGGUGCUGUGGACCAUGGUGAUGCACCUUGGCCUUUCCAGUAGGAGCCUUGGAGGAUUCAUCCUUCUCUCCUUAAUCUUUUGCUCCUUUGCUGUUCUCACAGUUGCCAUUCUUCUUAUUAUGGAAGGCCUGUCUGCCUUUCUGCAUGCACUGCGUUUGCAUUGGGUGGAGUUCCAAAACAAGUUUUACUCAGGCCAAGGCUUUAAAUUCCUCCCCUUCACCUUCGAAAGCAUCCUGGAUGGAAGAUUUGAGGAUUAAGAUGGCUCUUCUUCUUCUCUCAUCCCUUGAGAAACUGUGUGGUGUUGUAUAGUGAUUUUUUUGUGUGUGUGAUGCAGUUUCCACUUACCCCAGUGUUACCAUAAUUCUAUGAAUUACCCCACUCAUCAGACUGUCUGCCAGACUGCCAUUUAAUUUAAACUUUUCACUCUCAUUCAUUCCUCAAAAUAGCCUUGAGUGUAAUCUGUUGUCUUGUCUUAGUGAAGUCUUUUCAUUUUACCUGUGUUUUAUUUAGUUUCAUAUUAUUUAUGCUUUUUUUUUUUUCCUUUAUAGAACCUACAUUUUUCCUUUGUGGGAGUGUUGCACUCCGAAUCAAUUUCAAUGAGAUCUGCCAUUUGAUGACUGAUGAUAUUGACCAAUUUAGAGAGUGACAUAAGUGUUUCCUACUUUCUGAUACGUCGCCUCCAAACUGUUGUACACCCAUUGUCCUUGCCUCUCUAAAUAAGCAUUCUUUAUCAGCAUUCAUUAUCUUGUGCACUGAGCAGUUCAUCUGUUUUACUUCAACAACAAACCGCCACUUUGCAAACUGACCUCACACACAGAGCUAUACAGCUCCAAAGGGAAUACAGCUUAGCUUACAGGAUGUGAGCCAUUUCUUUGAGAAUGACAACAAACCGACUUCAUCAUCCUUCUGACUUUGCCAUAGAUAGCCGUUGCAUAUAUUUCUCUGUUCUCUCUGUCGUUCUAAAUGGAGGAAAAAAAGGAGAAUGUUUAGGCGUAGAGUAGGUGGAUGUUUGGUAGCAAUCCAGCGCACUGAAAUCAUUCGACAGUGUCAGUCUUGCUCUUGAUUUUGGUUACUUAUGCUAAUUUCAUGUAUGUUAAAAUUUCAAACGUUAUCUCCGCACUUACUGAAGGGAGUUAGAACGGCAAACAGCACACAUGUUAAUAUAGAGUUAAUAUAUCAGAGAUGGUCGAGCACCCCCAAUAAUUGUGCAUCUCUUCGUCAAUAAAGUGGAAAGAGCUGGUUUAAGUU